AUGACAUCCUUCGCAUCCAGUUUGAAAGAUCCCAGCCUCUUCGUCGAGAAGGCUUUCGUUGAUGGCGCGUGGACAUCUUCCCAGUCAAAUGCGAUCUUCAGUGUAUAUAAUCCUGCGUCUGAAGACUUCCUCGGCGCGUGCCCCGAGUCGAACGCACAAGAUCUAAAUGACGCCGUCCAAGCAGCCGCCCGAGCAUUUCCGACCUGGCGAUCCUUCUCCGGCAGACAGCGAGGCCGCAUUUUGCGCCGUUGGGCAGAUCUUUUGGUGGACAACAAAGAGGACAUCGGCCGCAUCAUCACGGCGGAAAAUGGCAAGGCCAAAGGGGACGCGGAGGGAGAGGUCGUCUUCGCAGCGAGCUUCUUCGAAUGGUUCGCCGAAGAGGCACCACGCAUCUACGGCGACGUCGUGCCGCAUAGCAACCCAACCAGCCGCACGCAAGUGCUCAAGGAGCCGGUGGGCGUCUGCGGACUCAUCACGCCGUGGAACUUUCCCAUUGCUAUGGGGGCGCGGAAGGUGGCCGCCGCACUGGCCGCCGGGUGUACGGUGGUGCUCAAGUCGGACGGACUGACCCCAUUCGCAUCCAAUGCGAUGGCCGUGCUGGCAGCGCGUGCCGGUGUUCCGAAUGGAGUCCUCAAUGUGGUGACGGCUAUGGCCAACACGCCCUCCUUAGGCCAGCUGCUCUGCGAAUCAGAAGUUGUCAAGAAGAUCUCGUUCACGGGGUCGACCCGGGUGGGCCGUCUUCUCAUGCAGCAGUCCAGUCAGUCCUUGAAGAAACUUAGUCUGGAGCUUGGAGGCAACGCACCGUUCAUUGUCUUCGACGACGCUGAUCUCGAGACGGCCGUGGCGAGCGCUCUGGUCAGCAAGUUCAAGGUGACCGGUCAAACCUGCGUCUGCGCCAACCGCAUCUUCGUCCAACAGGGAAUUUACGAUCGCUUCAGCCAACGGCUAGUGCAGGAAGUUCAGAAAUAUGUCGUUGGGCACGGUCUGGACGAUGCCUCGGUGACUCACGGUCCCUUGACCAACGGGGUGUCCAAAGUGGCCGAGCAUAUCCAAGACGCCGUGGACAAGAAUGCUACUUUACUGCUGGGGGGCAGUCGCCUCCCUGCCUUGGGUGCCAAUUUCCACGACCUCACCAUCCUAGGCGACGUCGACGACUCGAUGCAGGUGGCGAGGGAAGAAACCUUCGGCCCGCUGGCGGCUCUGUCCAGGUUCUCCACGGAGAAUGAGGUGGUCCGGCGUGCUAAUGACUGCGACGUGGGUUUGGCUUCGUAUCUGAUGACAAGUGACCUAGCAAAGGCACAUCGCGUCUCUGAAAGGCUAGAGGCCGGCAUGGUAGCGAUCAAUACUGGCGUAAUUUCCGACGCUUCGGCACCAUUUGGCGGAGUGAAGCAGUCCGGUAUGGGGCGCGAGGGCAGCAAAUAUGGGGUAGAGGAAUAUCUCAACGUGAAGAUGAUUGUCACCGGGGGAAUCAACACGGUGCACCCUGCUCAUCUGUAG